GUCACAUGAGUGUUCUACAUCAUUGUAAUAAGACAGGUAUAGUUAAGCCGACUAGAGAGAUAAUGAUUUUAUCGAUAAUCGGAUAACUUUGGAACACGAUAAACUUUCUCAGUAACCGGUAAACGAUACCUACUUUAAGUUGACAAACUUUAUAUCGCAGUCGCUUUCAACCAUCAGUCGAAUGGUUGUUGUUAAUAUAAAAUUGGAUUAAUUGUUUUCUUUAUUACUUAACAUCGUCCUGCUCCAGUUAUGAGUCAUAUUCACCGGCAUCUUAAACUUCCACCCUACCAGAAGAAAAAAAAUUAUGCAAAUGAUUCCCAUAUCAAGCAACAGUCCGUACGAGCAAUAGGAAUGUCAUCUACCCAGGAAUAUCCGGAUAUGCCCGAUUGGGUGCAGCCAUUAGAGAACCAAGUAGCAGGUCAUACAUUUCAACAUGGCACUGACGGUAUAGGUUUACUAAAGAAUGUUAACGAUAAUGUGAUCUUGAAGCCAGCCGGUAAGAUACUCUGUGGAGCACGUGAAAUCAAAUUCUACGAACAGAUACAAGCCGCUAGUACUGAAACAGAUUUAGUAUUGUUGAAGGAUCUCAUUCCACAAUACCAAGGGCACACAAAAAUAUCAGUUGAUGGCAAACUUGUUAAAUUUAUAAAGCUCGCGGAUUUAACCCACGGCAUGCUAGAACCGUGCAUAAUGGACGUUAAGAUUGGUUGCCGAACAUGGGAUCCACUGGCGACUCCGGAAAAGCGUAAAACAGAAGAGUCCAAGUAUCAAGCUUGCAAACAAAAUUUAGGGCUUUGUGUACCUGGAUUUCAAGUUUACUCACUAACAAAUAGUCGACUGAUGCGAUAUGGUAGGGACUAUGGCAAAAAACUAACUGAAGUAACUGUUAUUGACGCAUUCCGUAAAUUCCUCAACGCAGACAGUGGACUCUGUCGACAACUAUUGAUGCAGUUCCUAUCCGAUCUAUGGACAAUCCAGAAGUGGGCCCGCACACAAACCACAUUUAGACUGUACUCGAGCUCCGUCCUGCUAGUUUACGAUUCACGUCGUCUGAAGCCAAUAUUGCUUCAUCAACCAAGAAGUCUGAUUAGUUAUAACUCUGUACCCAACAGCAACAAUGCGGGUUCUGGCAGUCCCAAAUACGUCAGCGAUGGUUCCAACAGUCCAAUCGCCGGAUCAAGUUCGCCAAUACAGCUGUCGCCUACCAGUGGAGAUGCGGGGAUUGAUCCGUUGCAACAUUACUUCAAAAUUCAAAGAAGCCAUUCAGCUAUACACAAUUACGAAGAGGAAAUGAAAACAAUGCGUGAAAAUUACGUUUUGAUGAGAGAUAAUCUAGUCGGAUCGUACAAUAACAAAGUAUGGGCAAGUGCUCGCAUGAUCGAUUUUGCUCACGUGUUCCCCACUGAAGAUAGUACUAUCGAUAAUAAUUAUCUACGAGGUAUUGAGAGUUUGGUAAAAAUAUUUGAAGGUUUCUUACAAGAAUGUGAAGCUGAGAAUACCCCUAAGCAAGGUGUGUCAUUGUAGGUAAAAAGGGAUAUUGAUACUUAUUUAUUUUAUGGCAGCUAAUAUAAAAUAAACAUAUUUGUAUGGAGAUUCCAAAUCUUAAUUGUUGAUUUGCCCGAGUGUUCACAGCUGAAGCUAAAAAGAUAGUAUGUUUAAUGGCAUUUGUUCGUUUCAAUUUUAGAUAAUAGCUCAAGAAUUUAUUGAAAAAUAUUUAGUUUUGUUAAAAUACACAAAAAUACAAAAAAGAUAUAGUUAUGAAAAAUUUCGACACUUUAAAAUCUUACGAUUUUCUAAUUCAAAUCAUUCUGAAUGAUUCAUUACUGAAUUCACCGUUUGCAUAUAUACACAAGCAUAAUUUUUGUUGAGGCCACAUUUUUUUGUGGUGCAUCAGCGUUUUUAGUUUUAUUUACAAGUCUCGAAAAGAGAUCGACUAUAAAAACUCCGGUUACUGACAUAUAUUUAUGAUAAUGCCACAAAUUACGCUUUUAUAUUAAGGUUGGUUUAGAUAUGAAGGUGCCAAUGGAACUUCAUUAAAACAUUUUUUAAAUUUUCCGAGAUUACAUUGUGUACAAUUUACUUUAA